ACCACUUGCAUUCCUCUCACUACAAGAACUACAAGAACCAUCUCGGUCAGCGACCAUCACCUAUUAUCCCAUUCAUCAUUCAUAUUUCCUAAUAUUUAUCCUCAUAAUUCAGAGUUAGAUAUAUAAGUAGUUUGAAUAUGCCUUCAGCCGCUUCCCUGCGGUCCGUACUCGCGUAUGCGAGCAACUUUGUCUCGCAAUUCCCUCUAGGCCUCCCUAACCUAUCGAACCCGCUCUCGGCCCUCAACCCCCAGGCACCCGUCGACGUCGACUCUUCCGUCACCCCCUACGAACCCUACGAUCCUCUGACCGGAACGCCGUCCUGUCCCAUCGACAGUCCCGUAAGCUGCAACAACAACACUGCAGCCGAUUCAUGCUGCUUCAUCCACCCCGGUGGGCGGUUACUACUCACGCAGUUCUGGGACGAGAAGGCGCACGUCGGUGGUAACGAAGAAGAUUGGACAUUACAUGGGCUAUGGCCAGAUCUAUGCGAUGGCUCGUAUGACCAGUUCUGCGGCAUGGCACCUCGGUUCGAGAAUAUCAGCACGGUGCUGGAGCACUAUGGCCAGGGCGAGUUGCUAGCGGAUAUGAACCGGUAUUGGAUCGCGAAUUACGGUACAAACAACCACCUCUGGGCGCACGAAUACAACAAACAUGCAACCUGCAUCAACACGCUCGCCCCCUCCUGCUACGGCGACAGCUACACCCCGGGCCUCGAAGUCGUCGACUACUUCGUGCGCGCCUUCAGCCUGUUCAAGCAGCUCGACACGUACUGGGCCCUGCAACACGUCGGCAUCGAGCCCAACUACAAGAAGACCUACGACCUCGCCAAGAUCCAGUCCACGCUCGAGAACUUCAGCGGCGGGAAGGUCAUCCUCAAGUGUACGGGCAGACAUCACAAUGUGCUGCACGAGGCCUGGUACGUGUAUUUCGUCAAGGGCAGCUUGCAGGGCGGCGAUUUUGUGCCGGCGAAGGAUAGCUUUAAGGGCGACCAGGGCAAUUGCGCCAGUCAGGUUAGGUAUUUGCCUAAGCGGGGUAGUAAGAGAGGUGGUCAUUAGACAAUGAGCUUUGGAUUUUGAGCAUUGCGAUUUGUUGAAUGGGGAUUUAGUAUGGCAUGGUU